UCUUUGAAUAAAUAAUCAAUUGAUUCUGAUUCUCUGUAAUUUUUCUACAUCAUAAUUUUCGGAAAUCUUCAACUUGUUUAGGUUUCGAAUUUGCUUGUUUAGAAUUAUUACAUCUAUUCAAAAUUAUGAAGAAUCGUGGUCUUAUAUCUUCAAUAGACUACAUAAAGUGGACCCUCGUUUUACAAAAGUUUUUCCAUGAACUAAUUAGGUCAUAAAAUAUUUUAACUCACACAAAUAGGAAUAAGAGAACAUCCACCUCUGAUUCCGACCAAUCAGCAAAUAGGCGUUAGAGGACUGCAGUAAUGACGUCACUUCCUCGGAUCAAUGUGGUGAAAAAUACUUUAUUGUGUUUAUGUAGUCGGCUGCAAUCGUCGUCUGGGUAAGAAUUCGCUGGUUUUUUUAACGCGUAAAAUCGAUAUAUAUUUAACGAAAUAAGCGGAUUUACGAAAGAUUAAGCUAUGUAUGGAUAAUAGUAAAUUAUUUGUAUUUUUAAGCUAAGAGCGAAUAUGAUAAAUUCGUAUGCGUCAGCUUGGUUCUUUGUGUGGCCACUCCUAGACGAACGCUUCUUGUGACGUCGGAUCUUCUGCUCAGUUUUUGGCGGGAUGCACGAGCUAUGACGUCGAUCGGGUUGCUCGGAUGAUAAAAUCGUCGUUUGUCUCCACCAAUGUUAUAUUUCUUCUUUUGCAUUUUAAAAAAGGAUGGUUAAAAAAAUAAUGCCAUUCGUCAACUAACAAGUUAGUGCAUGUCGUACAAGCAGACGAUCUUUUAUGUAGUUACGAUAAUGCACCGUGUCCAUUUCCUCUACCACUCUCUAAACUAUUAUUGAUUGUUUUGUUAUCAUGGCACCAGCAUUGACAGAGACGAACCAGGAGGACAACUUUAAGUUGCCCCAUUCACCCAAUUCUACCUCCAUCAUUAACCCAGCUCUCACUCAAAAUAAUGGUGAUCGCUACACGUGCAACAUUCCUUUCGAGAUAAAUCCUAAAUAUCAUCUUUCCGAUAUGUGCAUAGGUAAGUCUGAUGCCGAAUUAAACAGCUUUAUAAGUGCCAAGGAGAUCCUGCGGCUUAAUGGUGAUUCUGUGUUGAACGGGUGUAACGAUGGUUCCAAUUACAAUGGCGAGAACCUGGAGAGUGAAUACAAGUUUUCGAGAAAACAGAGUCAGGGAAAGAGUACUUCGGACGUCUGCGAGCUCUCAAAACUGGUGAUGCAAAAGCUGGCGCACGCUAAUGUGCCCGCGUAUCAUUCUAAAAACACGCAUUGUCCUGACGGCGAUAAGAAAGUGGCCGACUUUGCUCCAAAAAUAAAUGGAGAAGUUGUCGAAGACACGGACUUAAAGAGAAAUGUCAAGACUGAACAACCGUGUGCAUUAGAAGAAAAGAUAAAGUGGGAUAACGCCACUAAAAAAUUAGAAAAAUUACAGGAUAAUACUCUGAGAUUAAUGAGGCAGAUUCGUUGUUUGCAAAUGCAAAACGUUGCGUUACAUGUGAGUAACGAAAUAGGUUCUUUUGUUUCAUAUGGCAGGACCAAACUGGAUAAGUAUCAAGAAGGUUACAGGAAAAUGAAAAUGAUGCAAAAACCUACAUACUCGUCUAACAAAUUUGUUAAUCAAGUAUCAUCCGUUGCAUUAUCUCAAAUGAAGAAAAAAGUGCAUUAUAUGAAAGAAAAACACGGAAUUCUUUUUCAGACAUCGCCGCCGAUAGAACCGAUUUCGAAUGAUACUGCCGAUGUUAGCAAUGGAAAAAUUGAUCCCGGUGACUGUGUGGAAAUAAAUCAGACAGUUGGUACACUUCUUUUCAAUUUGAAACAUCUUGAAUCAGGUAUAGAUUCGGAUGCUACCGAAAGCUCUUCGGGCGGGGAAAGUUGUGACGAAUACGAGGAUAUCGAUGACAGAAGAAAAAAUUAUCAAGUGCCAAUAUAUAAACGUGCAGUAUGGAAAUGGGCAGUUAAUCGAGCGGAAGUAGCUCGUCGUUGGAUAUGGCUGCAGGCCCAGAUUGUUGAUUUGGAGCAGCGCAUUCGAAGAUUGAAUGCCCUGUGUCAAAAAUUUCAUUCUGCAAAAGAAAGUUAUAAUUCUUUUCAUUCUGCUGAAUUAGAAGAUAACACAAAUGAAAAGUUUCAAAGCAUAUCCUCUGUGGACAAUAAUAAUCACAAAGAUAGUCAUUGGAUUAAAUCAAAUGGCUAUAAUAUACAAAAUGCUAAAAACUCCAGUAUUUCAGACAGAUCUGAACACUAUCUUCCUGGUGUGAGUAGAACACGUCCGUUAAAAGCAUUCAGGAAAAGAAAAUUGUACUGGCUUACAGACAUUCAUCUAAAGGGUACGAAAGCAGCUAAGUUAUCUUCAGUUAAAUGCAGCUGUAAGAGUCAAGAAAAUAUGAUUUCCUGUAUAUUAUGUUCAGGACAAUAUAAUAGAAUACUUGCCUUAGACCCAGAUGUAAUGUCUGUAUCAGAAAGAAUUUCAAGAUUAGAAUCUUCCUAUCAUUCUGUAUUAUCAUUUCAACAAGGUAAGAUAAUAAUAAUAUCUGCAAUACUAUAUUGAAAGAAUUACUGUAUUAUUAUAAUAGUAACUUACAAAAGUGGUUUGCAUAAAUUUAGAGUAAAAAUAUUUAAAGUAUUUGAAAUUAUCUGGUAAAACAAAAAAAUGGAUGAUAAAUGAUUGCUACAAAAUAGUAAAAUUUAUCUUUGCAAUUUAUAAAUCUUUCAUAACUAAUCUGUUUCCUUGCAAAUUGGCUUAUUUUUAUUUUGCUGUAACUAAAUAGUGGGGCUGCAGAGUUGGUAAACCAAGCUCCAACUCUGACUCAUAGAAUUUUAGAAGGUCCUGCCUCUAAAUAAUUUAAAAUAUACUUUGAUAUUAACCUAUAAUGGCAUUUCAUCAGGCAUUCUUAUCAGAACUACUGAGAUUAUUUUUCCUUCAAUGGUUAUAGUAAAGUAUUUAAAAACACUAGAUUUAAUCUGAGUCAUCUUAGCCAUUUUGUAUGGGUCUUUUGACAAUAAAAAUUUAGAAUUAGCUAGUACAGAAUGUAUUCAAAUAUAAAUUUCUGAAAAGAAAAUCAACAGUAAUUAGUACAUUAAUGUGCAAAGAAAGAUCAUGAUGUAUGGGAAUCAUCAUUAUCAUCAUCAUAAAAUAAGAUCUCACAUUAAAGACGACUCCUAUAAUAAAAAAUAGUAGGUUAAUAUUCCUAUCAGGAGCUUUAACCUGAAC